UAGCCAAUGCGCCAACAGAUUAAACACUUCGUUUUUCAGCAGUUUUCGGCUUAGGUUUAAAACUAGUUUAUUUGAAACAAUUCAGAAGACUUUAUGACUUAUUUGUGUAUUCAUGAAUUCGGUUUAACGCCUCAACACAAACCAAUUACAUCGUACCGAGAUGCUAAUAAUUAAGUGUAUGUGAGCAAAACAAAAUAGUUUUAAGACCUCUAUUUACAUAGAAGGUGAUUAGGUUACGACGUAGAUGCAUUUGGAGCGCAUGGGAGAGAAUGGAGGCUGAAAAACAAUUGUUGUUUUUGAUCUGGGCGGUGCUCUCCAUCUGCCCUACCAUUCGACUGACGUGCGGGAACGUGGAUGUCCGAUACCUGAUCCUUUUGGUCGCUCCAUGGAAGUACCAAAGUUUUCCAAUGAACAUACAAUUCGAUGCAUUUAAGGAUUUGCUGGAAAAUUUGGAGUUUACAAUUAUAUAUAUAUAUUGGAAAUAGCGUGGGAUAGACUACAGAGAAUUAUAGAAUUUAGUGGGGUAGAGGAUUUUGGAGAUCCAUACCCAAAUGCAAAAUUAUCUGCAGUGCUUUAAGAAUUUGGUUUCAAGUUCGUGACCACGUUCGAGUUCAAAGGAAGAAUACUCACGCUUUCUGCAAAAACACCUGAAUAUAAAGUUCCGAUGGCGAUCAGGAAGCAGAAGUUACGGAGGUCGUCGAAAUGCUUCGUGCCUAUUUUCGAAGCGCGCGGAGUUAUUUUAAUACUUAUUCUUCUAGUGCUGAUGCUGGUAUUGGAUUUGGUCGGCGGCAUACCGACUUUGAGAACAAAAACGAAACCGAAUACACUUUCUCUGGAGACCCAGAGCUCUGUGAAGGGUCAUUCUGUGACUGGAGCACUGAGCCGCUUAAAGCGCUAUGCCAUCAACCCACUGGGCAACAAGUGGGAGCACUUCAACAUCACCUACAAGAUUGUGAAGUUCCCCCACACGUUGAACAAAGACGACACCCGCAAGGCCAUCAGCAUUGCAUUCACCAAGUGGAGCGACGUGUCCCCACUCUCCUUUGCCGAAAUCACAAACCCCAACAAGAGUGCUGACAUCAUUAUAGGCUUCUACACAUGGAAUCACACAGACUGCUGGUGGUCUCCAUUGCAUCCUUGUUUUGACGGGCUGAACGGUGAAUUGGCCCAUGCCUUCCUGCCCCCGCGUGGGGAGAUUCACUUUGACAAUCAUGAGUUCUGGAUCCUAGGGAAGUCCCGCUUCAGCUGGAAACAAGGUGUGUGGUUGAAUGAUCUGGUCCAGGUGGCAGCUCAUGAGAUUGGUCACGCCUUGGGGCUGUGGCAUUCCCGUGACCCCAAGGCCCUGAUGCAUCCAAACGCUACCUACACCGGCCAGAGGAACAUUGCCCAGGACGACAUAUGGGGAAUCCAGCGCCUUUACGGAUGUACCGACAAGAAGCGUGUGUGUGAUCCAUGGGCUAGGCUCGGCUUUUGCGAUAGGAGGAAAAGCUUCAUGAAAAAACACUGUGCCCGUCGCUGUGACCUCUGCCAUGAGCCUCUGGAGACUGUUAACACGCCAACUCCACCGCCUGCCAACGUCAAGGUCAAGAUGGUUCCUCGUGGAAAGGUUGUGGGAUUCCGCUGUGGGACGAAAAGUACUAGAUCACCUCCCAAAGUUAGUUGGUAUAAGGACGGAGAGCAGCUCCUGACGUCUAUCCCAGGCUACAUCAUCAUGAAGGACCGUGACCUCCGCAUUGUCGCCAACGAGUUCAACGAGGGCACUUACACCUGCCGCAUGCAUCGUAGCGGCACUGUGGUCUCGGCAAACUCCUGGGCCAUCCGCUUGAAGCCUGAACCACCCUCCAACACCUGAGAUGAAUGGAGUGAGGCAUAAAGGAGAACUGGUAAAGGAAAUCAUGAGGUACAAUAGAUGAUAGACAGCUGAACCAGGUGUCCUUGCUGCCCGCCAGAGUAAAAUACAGAUUUGACCAGUGACAUUAAUGGUGACCUCAGCAAUGUGACAUCA